AUGGCUGCGGUGACAGAGAGACCUCGACCUGAUCCAUGUGCACAGUCCCAGUAUAGAUUGGACUAUGAUCUAUUUUCGGAAGUAUUCCCACGUCUGCUACCUUGGCCCGUGACCAACAUUUUUAUCAUUCGAGUUUUUCGUCUUCUCGAUAUUUCCGACAAUGGACUGCUUACUUUCCGUGACCUGGCCAUAAAUCUUUCAAUUCUUCUUCGAGGAGAAGCAACAGAAAAACUUGCACUCUUCUAUAAAUGUCACUUGCCUCCUGCUUUCAAUAUGUCUGAUUUGGAUGGACUGGAUGCUAGUGAAGAGAGCUCGCCGGAUCGAAAUGACGGAGAACCAGAACUUGCAAUGGAAGCUACCGAUCUUCUUGGUACACCGAAAAAGACUGCCUGCCCGUUCCAAGAGAAAAGAUCAUAUUCGGUGGACAUUCCACGACAAUCAUCUGAUCAGGAACUUGCUGAUUCAUAUCGGACCAGAUGCAGUACUUCUAGUGCCGUUAUGAUCUCUGGUAAUGUAGAAGAACGUGCUUCUGAUGCCGAAUCACUUAUUGAUAUGAUAGCUGCCAAAUCAAUCGGAUCAUGCCCAUCUGAAACUGGUACGGAUCGAAUUCAAGUAGCUGAUGUCGCUAGUGAGGAAUCCUAUUCGGUGGUCGAUGAAUCAAUUGAAAAGAUGAAACAACUGAGAACAAAAACACUCUCUUCGCCAGACUGCACAUCUACAAAAUUAGAAAUGAAAAUGCUUCCAGCUAUGAGUCAAAUUCAGUUCAUUCAAUUAUGGAAGACAUUUUAUGAUAUGCUCAGUGGAAAAGAAACAGAACAAUCAGUAUUUCAUUCAUUAGCAGUCACUGGUACACUUCUUCUUCAACUCGGAGAAACACAUCGAGAAUUACAAGCGAAGUUGGAAGCCCAGAUUGCAGAUGCAAUGCAGGAUUUAGAUGAAACAUUGAAAGGACCUGAAGAGGAAAAUAAUACUGACGAAUUUGAGGAAGAUAGAAAGAUUGAUCCAAUUGAAGUUCAAAGAAAGAGAAUAGGAGAUAUGCAAACAUGCAUGGCGGAUGAUGAAUGGAGAGUGAAUCUUGAACAGAUAUUGGCCUCAAUCAUGGCUGAAUCAACUCUUUCGGAUUUCUUUGAAAGAAAGUACUCAUUGGAUGCACUCAUCAAAAAGUAA